GGCAAUAUAGUCAUUUUAUGGUUGCCAAAGGAUACAAUGUGUAAAUUUAAAAUAACAAGGGACGAAGGACGGUCGAGUUAAUUUCUAAAAAUAACGACUGAUCGUGCAUAUUUUGGCACUAGGACUAUUUGUGUAAUUUACUCCAAAGUUUUAAAAGAAAAAAAAUACAAAAUCUUGUUCACUUCGUCCCUCGUCCGCUCUUCUCCCUUGUCGCUCACCCCUAGUCUUUGCUCCAUCACCGUCGUCCACUCACCGUCAUACCCUCGUUGUGGAUGUCUCCUCCAACGCCGGUGACCACCUUAGACGAAGCCACAUCAUGAGUUGGGAUAUGCCGAUGACCACAUGCUGCGAAGUCAUAUGUUUUGCUAUCUCAUCUGGGUUUAGCUUGAUUCAUCUACUCUUAAUUCUCCUCUAACUGCAUAUUCGAAGCUAUACUUUGUGAAGUGAUGACAAAGACGACGAACAUGUCAAUUAGUUUACGGAGGUCGAUCACUACCGCAUCUUUUCUGUCUGAGAGAAUUAAGCAAACAGAAAAUGAAAUCGUUCAAAUGUUCCAGUUGUCGCGUCCCAGAGAAGAUUCAAGGAAUUUACCCACCAAUCAAAGAACAUCAAGAAAGAGCUCUGCAAGGAUGUUGGACGAGAGAUUUAUCAGGAUUUUGAAGAUAUUCAAGUGGGGGCCUGAUGCAGAAAAGGCUCUAGAGGUACUGAAAUUAAGAGUUGAUCAUCGAUUAGUUCGUGAGGUUUUGAACAUAGAUGUGGACAUUAAUGUCAAGAUGCAAUUUUUCAAGUGGGCUGGAAAGAGACGACAUUUCGUGCAUGAUUCCACUACUUACAUGACUUUAAUUUCUUGUUUAUCUGACUCUGAAAUGUUCGGGGAGAUGUGGAAGAUGAUCCAAGAAAUGGUUCGACAAUCAGUUGUCAUCGAUCCUAAAGAUUUAUCAGACAUUGUGAGAUUAUUAGGCAAGGCUAAAAUGGUCAACAAAGCACUCUCACUUUUUUAUCAAGUCAAAGGUCGCAAGUGCAAGCCAACUGCAAGUACGUAUAACUCCAUUAUCCUGAUGCUAAUGCAAGAAAAUCACCCUGAAAAAGUGUAUGAUCUUUACAGUGAGAUGUGUAAUGAAGGUAAUUGCUUCCCCGACACUAUAACAUACAGUGCUCUAAUGUCAGCAUUUGCCAAAUUAGGCCAUGAUAAUCCUGCUAUACGAUUGUUUGAUGAAAUGAAGGAAAACGGGUUUCAUCCAAAUGCUAAGAUCUACACGACUUUAUUAUCAAUAUACUUCAAAGCCGGUAAAGUAGAAAAAGCUCUAGAUUUAGUAACAGAGAUGAAAGAGAAAGGUUGUAUGCCUACUGUGUACACCUACACAGAGUUAAUAAGGGGGCUUGGGAAAGCUGGAAGGGUAGAAGAGUCAUAUGGGAUAUACAUAGACAUGGUCAAACACGGUUGUAAGCCUGAUGUCAUUCUCAUAAACAAUGUCAUCAACAUAUUGGGGAAAAGUGGUCGUUUAUCUGAUGCCCGGAAGGUGUUCGAUGAAAUGUCAUCUUUUCAAAUUGAACCAAAUGUGGUGACAUACAACACUAUGAUAAAAGCUCUUUUUGAAUCCAAAGCUUCCCAUGAAGCUUCUUCAUUGUUUGAGAAGAUGAAAACUAACAACAUUGUUCCCACCUCUUUCACCUACUCCAUAUUAAUCGAUGGUUUUUGUAAAACAAAUAAAGUAGAAAAAGCAUUAUUACUUCUAGAAGAAAUGGACGAAAAGGGUUUCCCUCCAUGCCCAGCUGCUUACUGCAGUUUAAUCAACACACUUGGAAAAGCAAAACGUUAUGAAGCUGCAAACGAGUUGUUUCAAGAACUAAGAGAGAAUUGUGGGAAUUCUAGCUCAAGGGUUUAUGCUAUAAUGAUAAAAAACUUAGGAAAAUGUGGUCGUUUAAAUGAAGCUAAAGAUCUUUUUAAUGAAAUCAAGAAACUUGGAUUUGUUCCUGAUGUGUAUGCAUAUAAUGCACUCAUGUCAGGUAUGGUAAGGGGUGGAUUGAUAGAUGAAGCGUGUUCUUUAAUGAGGGAUAUGGAAGAAAGUGGUUGUGUGGGUGAUAUAAACUCGCAUAAUAUUAUUUUAAAUGGAUUGGCUAAAAGUGGGGGCCCACAACGCGCAAUUGUUAUGUUUGAAAAUAUGAAACGUAUGAAGAUGAAACCGGAUGUUGUGACUUAUAAUACUCUUCUUGGCUGUCUUAGUCAUGCGGGUAUGUUUGAAGAGGCUGCAAAGUUGAUGAGGGAGAUGAGAUCAUGUGGUUUUGAAUAUGAUGCUAUUACUUAUUCAUCAAUACUUGAUGCAGUUGGGAAGAUUGAUGAUGAACAUGGAACACAUCAAGUUCCAUGAAAAUGAACAAAUUGGAUUGUAUGACAGUGUUUACUCGAAGUUUUUGAUGAAGGUUUUGUGUGGUUGGAGAUGGUGGUCGGCUGCAGAAGAAGAUAUACUUUAUUUUUAACCGUAAUAGCAAUGUGGUUAUAUCAUUUUUACCCAAAACAGAAACAUAAUUUCAUUUUCUUGAAAUGUGAUAGCAACUCCUUUACUCAUAAUAGCAUUGUACGUCUUUUAUCAAGAAUAGCAAUAUGUAACAAAUGUACUAUGCCCAUAUAAGUAGUGAAAUGUAAGUAUGUUGCUUUUGUAGGUAACCAUAAA